AUGAAAAAUCCAAAAAAAGAGAAAAUAUUAGGUGUGGUAUGCAUAGCGCUGAUUCUCUUUAUCGCAGAGAGCAGAAGCAGCUGGAAUGUCUUCAAUGGAGAGAUGCCAAGCAAUGCAAGUCUAUACACGGGAGAAAGUAACGCAGCUAACGAAAGAGCAGGUCAGAUCAGUCAGGGACGUCUGUUUAUACCAGAGUUUAUACCAGAAUCUAGUGUUCUUGGAUAUCCCUUAAAUCUUGCAUAUAAUAUGCCUGGCACAGCAAGAGAGGAAGUCGGCAUAGAUCACACAGGAUUCUCUAUUGCUAAUAUGGGCGCGCGCGGUUUAGUCCACAAUGAGUACAGUCCUUUUGGAGGACAGCAGAGAACAGAAGAACGCUCUAGAGAACAGAAGAGCACAGCACAGUAUAGUAUAGGUGCGGAUAAACCUAGAGAACAAAGAAACCGUGUUGUAAUGGCUGUGGGAGAAAAAAGAAAAGCAAGCGAAACAGAUGACUCCAUGGAUGCACUUGCUCUUCAAUCUACACAAAAAAAUAAAAAAGAAAGAAGAGAAGAUGCACUAGAAGAAAUGGCUGACACAGCCUCUGAGGAGCAAGCAAUUGAAAGUGCAGAAGGAGACGAAGAAAUUCUGGUUCAGAAUAGACAGCUCAAGACAGCUAAGCACAUACUAGAAAAAAAUAAAAAAGCAUCAGAUCGUAUGGUAAAGCUGUGGAACAGCAAUCGACUAAUCAAUACAAGGAGAGCAGGGUACAAAUCGCACCACAGAACAGUGUACAAAUACGAAAAUGGCGGCUUUGAUGCUUCUAUGGACUCAGAAAUGUCAGAAAUAGUGUCCAGGGCGUACCAGAGAAGACUCAAAAAAGACAUAGAAAAUUUCUGCACCAAUGUUGCUUUUCUGAUAGAGAAGAAUCCGCUGUGGUACUUCAUUGCAAAUAGAACAACAAACAUAACCACAAAGUACAAAGAGCUUUUAGGGCUAAGGAACUUUCUUAGGGUCGAGAAGGAUGGCAAGUACAGAGAAAUGCUGGUGAGCCUUAGAGGGUACUAUCCCAACGUGUUUGAGGACAUGCUAGCAUAUGCAGAAAAGCACAAGCCGCUGCGGGCUAUUUAUGAGUCUCCUUCAAGCGUGUGGAAUGAGACUUUGGGAGAUAUCUAUGUCCAGAAAGACCUCGAAAUAAAGUACAGCGUAUUAGAGGACCAGGACAAGAUCUGCGAGAUAGAUGAUGGGAGGUACACUGCGCUGGCGUAUGCUCUGCGCAUGAUUCUGGCCCUGCCUGAGGUAAACCAAGACUUUUCCAGCAUCAAUGCAAGGUUUAUAAAAGAUACAAGGAUAUCAGAAACAUCAUCGUUUAAAAACAGACAGUCUCACCAAGUUCUGCUAGCUAUACACACGUUAAUAAAUGAAGCGGGAGGCGAAAAUGAAGAAACAGAAAAAGAGUAUGAGCACAUUUACAACGCUCUGGAGAACAUACACGACAAAACUAUACGGAAAGAAUCAGCUGUCUCUGAGCUGUACAAGGACAUAUACAUGGUUCUUGCAGAUUUUUAUGAGAAGGCGAAAAUAUUUGAUGAUGACAGAUACGUUUUAGCUGGCAAGUGCGCUAUAAAGCACCAGAAGUAUGUCAAAUGCGAGGCGUUCUUAAGAAUAGCAACAUGCGAUGGUAAGUCUCGUAUACAAAGCUGCCACUUUACCCAUUCAUUUGAGACGAACAGAUGGGACAUUUCGCCUAAUAUAGGACCACACUACCACGUGUACUACGUGGACAACACAACGCACCGAUCCAGAGCGCUGUGCAUGCCGAUGUGCAUAGACAUGCACGGAAAAGAGCACUAUUUACACACAGUUAGCGACAUAGUGAAGUAUAUAAAGAUACUAUACAGGAUAGAGGGAAACUUGAACCAUCUGUGCCCUUUUAAAGUAAACAAGGAAACAAAAAAGUGGUCGUACAUCAAAGAAGAUGCCAGGGACAUGACAAUGAAAGACCUAGCGAAUUAUGAGGUGGUGUUCUACCGCAUAGAGGGAGACUUGACAGCAGAGAAGUUUACUUUUGCAGAGUUUGUGCCUUCACUACACUAUGAAAGCGACAAUAUCUCCAUCCCUCUGUUCCUUACUCCUCUGAUGCGAUCAGCUGUGGAGAUCGGGCCUUUUAACAUGAUAGAUGUGCACAGAGAGAUAGACUCCAUCGAGUUUGUGAGCAAAGAGCCUGACAUGUACGAGUACAAUAGUGACUACAGAGGCGAAGAGUACUCAAACAUGCAUGCAUACUACAGCAAUCUGUACAUAGUGUCUGACGAAGAAAGAAAAAGCUCUCUUGACUGCUAUGCCAUGAACUAUCUGGUAACUCCGCAAGAAAGUGGCAAAAUGCACAUUGUGUGGUAUGUGGAUAUGGCGAACAGGGAAAAUGUGUACGCACACUGUCUGCUAGAUGGAACUUUCAAGAAAAAAGAAAACUCAAAAAAGCUCAAGAACUUUAUUGAUGCAGUAGAGUCAAGGGAGCACAGCAGGGACAGCAAGCUACAGAGCAUUUGGCUGAAAGGUAGCAGUGUGGCAGACAGAGCACCAAAAGACAAGACGGAAAAAGUGUGUAUAUGGCAAAUAGGCCCUGAAGAAGGGAAAUACGAGGUUAAAAGGAAGAAAAAGGAUCCGGAAGUAAUAAGGAGAAAGAUAAAAAAAGUGGAAGAAAAGUUCAAGAAAGCAGAAAGAGAGCAGGCAGGCAUGAAAGAGCUGUGCAGAGAAAACGGAAAAUUGAAGAAGGAAAACGAAAGAAAAAUAGCCAACAUCACAAUUUCAAAGUGCAGAGCAAAGAAGGAGCUUGAGAUCUUGUACAGAGAACUGCACGAAUCAAUCUCUGAAAAGCCAAACGAGCAGCUGGAGCUCAUAGUGUUCCGCAACGUGAACAGCAGCAAGUCCAAUCUGGGAGCACACAACGAGAUUCUUGAUGUGUUUAUCUCAGCGUACAACUCCUAG